CGGUCAACCUGUCGGUCAGUCUGUCGGUCAGUCUGUCGGUCAACCUGUCGGUCAACCUGUCGGUUAGCCUGCUGCUAACAUUAGCACGCGGCUGAUCCCGGUGAUCUUUGAUCUGGCACGCGGUACCGGAAGUGGCGGGCUGUGUCCAGCUGCUCCGUGACGUGAUUAGAGGACACCGUGUCUGUCUCCUGAGGACACCUGAACACCUGAGCUGGACCAUGGAGGUAAAACAUGAGGCAGACACCUGACACGUUGAGCUGACACGACCAGGACGGAGCUGAAACUCUCACCACUCUGUUUACGAGAAGACGACGUGCCAACACCGGCCUCAGAUUCCACAGCGGUGUCGGUUCACAGCCCGUCCCUGCUGAGGCUGUGAGCUGACCUGAGCACAGUUCUUGUUGUCGCUCCACCCAGCCGUUUCACCGAUGCCUCGAUGGAAAGCGUUCUUCGCUCAGCACUUGCGAUGGUCCAGCGGCGUCACUCAAGCCCUCGUCCUAUCCGUCAUCACGUUCUGCGUGGUGCUGCCGCUGUGCUGCCACCGGCUGCUCUACUCUUACUUCUUCAUCAGGUCCAUGUACCUGGACUCCAUGAGCGAGCAGGUCCUGCGGGAAAGCCUCGAGCGAGGCCAGGACGCCUUCCACUUCUGGCAGAGCGCCUCCACCGCAGCGGCGGUGUCCUCCAGAUUUGGUGACAUCGCCCAGCAUCCUGAGCUGUUGGUUACCGUGGUGACAGCCAGGCGGAACGAGGGGCGGGACUUUCACUACCUUCUCCAGGUGAUGCAGCAGCUGAGCGUCAUCCUGGGCAGCUGUGGGGAGCGGCGCUGUGCGGAGGUGCUGAUCUGUGACGUGGAAAGUGGUCCACAGGAAAACCAGGACGCAAACCUGCUGGAGGCCCACUUCAAGGUGGUGCGGCGCUCCCCCCAGGAGCGGCAGGGGAACAGGGAGUGGGUCAACACCUUUGAGAGGGAGAAGAGGGACUACGUGUUUUGUCUCCGCAGAGGAUGGGAGCUGGUGCAGCCCAGAAACAUGGUAGUCCUGGAAGACGACGCUUUGCCGAGGCAGGACUUCUUCACGGUGGUAAAGGACCUGCUGUCACGUCGGUUUGCCCUCCAGACUCUUUACGUCAAGCUGUAUCACCCCGAACGGCUGCAGCGUUACUGGAACCCCGAGCCUUACCGCAUCCUGGAGUGGGUCGGACUCGGGCUGGUCGGAGCGACGGCCCUCCUCCUCAGCUUUCCUUACUGGAACUCCUGCUCUUUCUCCUUCACGCUGUCGUCCAGCCACCUCCUCUUCUUCACCCUCUACUUCAUGGCUGCCGCGGAGCUGCUGGGCCGGCACUACCUCCUGGAGGUGCGGAGACUCUCCCCGCAGCUCUACGCCGUCUCCCCGGCCACGGAGUGCUGCACCCCAGCCAUGCUCUUCCCCGGUAACUCCUCGCUCAGGGUGGCAGAAUACCUGGAUGGCUCAUUCUGCGUCAAGGGGAACGCCAAAGACAUGGUUCUGUAUCGGAUGGCGAGGACGAUCCCCGGGGGGCGGUCUCACAGCGUGGAACCUAACCUCAUCACCCACAUCGGGGCCUAUUCCUCCGUCAGGGCCAAUCCUUCCAGGCCCAAACUCCUCUGAACUCGACUUUUCUUUCCUGACGCGUCGCCUUCUGGAUCACUCUGCUGGUAUCUCUGCUGACAUGCACCUGAAUGAGUCGAACUUCUUAAAUCCAAGUUGCUCAGCCGAGUGGCUGCUUCUCUGCUGCCGCCAUUAAAUCAGAUGCUGUCGACAACCUGAAGUUUAUUUCUCAGCGUGUUCUUUGGACACAGUGAGCAACAUUUAUCAAACUUAUGCCUCAGAUGAUCUUUGGUUGAGUGAAAGCAAUGAUUGUUUGCUGCCUUGAAGAGAUUCGUACACUGAUCUUGAGACGAGCGUCGUAAAGCGUGCAUAUCUGAAGUGCAGCUAAUGUUCUGAUGUAAGUUGUAUUGAGGUGGUGAACGUGUCUUUUCUGGGACAUGGACCAGUGUUCUCUUUAAUGUCUGAGGACAUCGAACUCGUCACCGUCUGAUCGUGGCCUUUAUUCUGUUUCAUUCAGAGAGUUUGGAAGGAUUGGAUUGGCCACACAGGACAAAAAUCUAAAUAUAUGUCCUGAGGCCACAUCAAGCACUUGAAAUGUAAUUUUUUGGACCCAUCUUCCUUCGUACGAUGUGAGGCAUGUUUUGUUCACAUAUUCUUCCACAUGAUGCAGUGAGCCGCACCAACAGUACACUGACGAGUAAGGACUAAACUCUGGAUCAACUUUAACCUGCCAUUCAGUUCUUCACACUGCAGCACGUCUUAAUCCAAAUACCACCUCAACAUAACAGACAGUCACAGUUCAAAGGUCAUGCGUGAUUGACAGAGCAAAGUAUUUAGCGGAUAGCUAACAGUGUUGCACUUGGAUUAAUGAGCCGUGCAGGCUCUAAACGAGGUAACGGAUUUGAUCAGUUCAACAAAACAGCGUUUCAGUGUUUUCCCGACUUAUCUUGAAAAUGAAUCGAAGAGUUAAGCUCAGUUUGUUUUUCACAUUCAACAGAGCGAGAGAGGAACGAGUGUUAAUGUCGCUACGCUAACUGAGCUGCUAAGCGUAGCCUAGCUUAGCUUAGCGUAGCGGUCUCAGAGAAAAGAGGAUUUACUGAAAUGUUUAAGACCAACGUAGCAUCUCACUGAGCGCUCUGUCACUGACCGCUCUGUCACUGACCGCUCUGUAUCACUGACUGCUCUGUCACUGACCGCUCUGUCACUGAAUGUGCCUUCAACAUCGAACGUGAUUAUCACAGAAUAUUACCCAUGAUGCAGCUCUGGAUGACCUGCUUCAGUCGAUCAGUGGCAAUAUUUGAGUGCACGUCAUUCAUAUGUACAUAUUAAUUAACCUGUAUACAGGAAGUCGCUGCCAAAGUAAAACCGACACGCCUACCAGAGUUCUCCAGUUAACAUUUAAGUGAUCUGCACGUCUUAGAGUGUAAAAAUGACGUGUUGUGUUUUUACGGUUUAUUUCCUUUGUGACACGUAAACCUCCCGUUAAACUGACAUUUUUAUUCUAACAUGAGCGUGAACGUGUCAGAAGAAGAUUUUCAACAGGAAACAUAUCAGACGUUCACUCAUUGGUCCGUGUGACGCUCCUCCUCAACAGAGUUUCAGAAAACAACAAAAGAUUUUAUUACAAAUCACGAAUGCUGUUUUUUCUUCUGUAGAGUGAAUAUUUAAUCAAAGUUAAUCUAUGAAAAUGACUUUAAUCAUUUAAAAUAUUUCUUGAGCAGCUUCAUUAAAAUCUAUGAAAACAUGAAUCAGGUCGAUUAUUGAUGUUUGAUUACAUGAUUCUGAGUGUACAUCACGACAAAGUCGUGAAUCGUUAAUUAUUCCAUAAAAUAAACAGAUAUGAAGUUAGUGUCUGAAUAUCUGAAAGGAAGUGACCUGCAGUUUACAUUUCAUAUUUUCAAAAUAAAAUCACAUAUUGAAGCUGAAGCUGCGUUUUAAACAUUUUAUUGAACUUAAAUUUUCUGAUUUAUAAAGAUAGAAAGUUUAAUUAGUUUGAUUUCUGACAUAUUUACAUAUUUAUGAUUUGAAUCAUGUCUCUGCAUGAGUUCCUUCAUUAAGUGGUGUGAAGUCAUUAAUGUUUCUGAUCAUCGACAUGUUUAUGUUUGAGUUAAUAUUUCUGAGUCUGAUGGUUUGAAUAUAUCGGUUUACUUUUCAAAAUAAAAGCACUGUAAUUACUUUAUUCAGAUAAGUUUGAAGAUCACAUUUUAAUUUUGAGUUGUCCUGUUUUACACCGACACUGUUUUCUACAUUUUAAAUAAAGCACGCCGUCAAAAGUCA